CUCCCAAGCCUUUCGUGGUAUGGACCCAAGGCAAAAUAUAGACAGAAAAACCGCAGCACUAACAAAAUGAGCUCAGCAGCAGCAGCAGCAGGAGAAGGGAAGGUGGUGUGCGUGACUGGAGCUUCGGGAUACAUAGCUUCAUGGCUGGUGAAGCUGCUGCUUGAGCGGGGUUAUACUGUUAAAGCUUCCGUUCGUGAUCUCAAUGAUCCAAAAAAGACACAGCAUUUGGCAUCACUUGCUGGAGCAAAGGAAAGGCUUCACUUGUUCUCGGCAAACUUAUUAGAAGAGGGAUCCUUUGAUGCAAUAGUUGAGGGAUGUGAAGGUGUUUUCCAUACCGCAUCUCCAGUUCAACUUUCAGUUGGCAAUCCAGAGGCAGAACUACUGGAACCUGCAGUCAGAGGAACAGUCAAUGUGCUACGGUCAUGUGCAAAAGUUUCAUCUAUAAAAAAAGUUGUUAUAACAUCUUCUAUGGCUGCAGUUUCAAACAAUAGAGAAUUAAAGGAGAACGUGGUCGUUGAUGAAAGUUGGUUUUCUGAUCCAUCAUACUGUGAGGAGCAGAAGUCUUGGUACGCACUUUCAAAAACCUUGGCAGAGGAUGCUGUAUGGAAAUUCGCAAAGGAGCAUGGCAUUGAGAUAAUCACAAUUCAUCCAGGAUUCGUAGUUGGUCCAGUCUUGCAGCCAUCUAUUAAUCUCAGCACAGAAUUGAUUCUGAGCCUAGUAAAUGGGGCUGGAGCAUUUCCUAAUGUAACUCUUGGAUGGGUUGAUGUUAGAGAUGUUGCCCAUGCGCAUAUUCUUGCCUUUGAAAUCCCUUCUGCAAGUGGAAGAUAUUGUCUGGUUGAGAGAUCAGCACAUGCCUCUCAGGUCAUCAAGAUUUUGCGUGGACAUUACCCUACUCAUAAAUUUCUGGAUAAAUUGUCAGACAAUAGCAACCUUUUUUAUCCAGCCCACACAGUAUCCAACGAGAAGGCAAAGAAUUUAGGAGUUCAAUUUAUUCCUUUGGAGGUCAGCUUAAAGGAUACGAUUGAAAGCUUCAGGGAGAAGAAUUUAGUUAGCAUCUAAGCCAAGGCAAUGUUGUAUUGUAUUUAAAUUACCAGUGAAUAAAUGUGAAACGCUAUCCUUUGUGAGAAAUGGUACAUGAGUUCAUUCAUGUAAUUUGUCAUUUAUUCUUCAUGUUAAUUUGGUAAUAAGCAAUUCAAA